AUGUCUUCUCCUUCUUCCGAUGAGAUUUUCAAUAAUUGGAGUGGGAUAAUAGAUGAUAAUUUCUCCAAAACAGUCCUUGAUACAUUUGGAUUGUCCCAGGACGAUAAAUAUGUUUACCGCGCCGAAUCAUUCGCCAUGACAUUACCGCAGAUUCAAGAAACCGUCAGUACUGGCAAAUUAAAGUAUCAUUACCAAGAUCAAGGCAAAGUUCUUCAGAUACCACUCGCAGACAUUGAUGCCUAUACGUCGAUAUUCUCCUCCAAGACCGAUACAUCCAAAGCUCUCAUAGCAUUUGCUUCCAACGCAAAGAAGGGGUCGCCACGAGAAUGGGUUGCGAACUACCUCCAAUCCCGCCGUAUUCCUCCUUCGUGUAAGAUACCGAAAGCGAAAGCACAUAUCAAUCCAUAUUAUGAUAUUUGGGCCCAGACAUGUCGAAUGGUAUCUUUCCUUGGUCCACUUCCUGAUGCACAUUAUGCCGAUCCUGCCGCAGCGAAAAUGACUCAUCCUGUACUUCCUGUACUUUACCAUCAUUCGGAUGUGGUGGUACCAUCCUACGAUUCACUGUAUAUAAUAUCUCAACUUGUGGAAGAGUCUAAAUUGGAUGGAAUUAUUGAUAUGGCGAGUGGGAAUGGAUAUUGGACAUAUAUUCUACGACGGAUGAAGCUAAAGGUUAACGCUGUGGAUAAUAUGGCCAGUGAGUAUAGGAAUAUGUGGAUAUCAGAUACGGAAAAGGCAGAUGGAGUGGAAUAUCUAAGGAAAAAUGGUGGAGGUAAGAACAAACUGUUGUUAAUGGUGUACAUGAUUACGGCUGGGACAUUCACGAAAAGGGUCUUGAGUACCUACAAAGGGGAUGUAAUUGUGGUGGUUGGAACACAAAAUGCGAAUCGAUACACGGGUUUAAGUGAUUGCACUAUGGAAGAAUGGUUUGAGAAGGAAAUGAAUGGUUGGGAGCUUAUUUGUAGAAUUGCCAUGCCAAGUUUCGCAGGAAAAGAUGAAGGGAUGUUUGUGUGGAAGAGGAAGAAUUAG